GAUCAGCCUGGUGGAGCCAGGGCCGGUGACGACCGAGUUCGAGGUGAAGCUGUACGAGGAAGCCAAACGCGCCGACUACUCGCGGACUGACCCCGAGACGGCCGACAUCUUCACCAACCUCUACCUGCGGAACUCCAAGGACGUCUUUGCCAGCCUGGGACAGACCCCCGAGGACAUCGCAGAGCACACACUGCGGGUGAUCGAGGCGGCCCGGCCCCCCUUCCGGCACCAGACCAACGUGGCGUACACGCCGAUGGCCGCGCUGAAGCACGCCGACCCCAGCGGCGCCCUCAUGACCGAAGCGUUCUACAAGCUGGUGUUCAAGUACGAUGCCGUGCUGCGGCUCGGCCUGCGCGCCAUC